GUAAUAAACACUGAGGAUAAAGUAACAGAAACUUUGGAAAUCGAGCGCAAGGAUAAAGCAACAGAAACGGAUGUGGUUGGUCAAACAAAGAACAAAAAGACAAAUACUAAUUGGAAAGUAAAUUUAAAAGACAAAUCUACAUCUUGUCAGUCCUUGGAAAAAGUGGAUCAGUCAACACAGUAUGAUGAUACACAUGUUAAUAGGCUGUUGCCCAGCCCACCAGUAGACCCUGCCAGAUCGGAUGAGAGACCAAGGAAAAGUGGAGAUCAAACAUCUGGGACAGAGAGCGAACAUUCUGAGGAAGAAGACGACGCCAAAGAAGACGGCGACAAUAGGGAAAGUCUAACUGGAGAAAGAUUACCAAAGCCUUUUCAUAGAAUAAACAUUUUCGGGAAAACGUUGAAGGAAAAUGUAGAAAAAGUUCCAGAAUUGCUUAAGCGCGGUUUGCGUGUCAUAAAAGGACCAAAUUAUGAUCAUGAGAAAUUGACAGCUGUUCCCGGGGACUACAUUGGAACGGUCAUCUGUGUAGAUUUUGAGGAAGAUUUACCGGAAGUUUGGGAGUACACGAAAGAACAAAUAACAAAAAUUGCUGUGUUUAGGAGAGGGAAAUCCGGGAAUGCUUUUGGGAAAGAGUAUGUAGAUAGAUUCAACAAACCUCAUUUGGUCACCAAUCAACUUAACACUUAUGUGGAAGUACAGUGGGACAAUGGACAAAGAGAGUUAUGUGCUAUUGGACCAUUGAAAUUUGAGCUGCUCGUAUACAAUACAAAUGAAAUUCAUGACAACUUCAUGUGCAAUGGAUGCAAUGAAGAGCCUAUAAUUGGUACACGAUGGACAUGCGUCACUUGUAAAUUUAGAAACCUUUGUACGUCAUGCUAUAUGGCCAAUAAAUAUAACAGAAACCAUGUCUUCCAGCGAAUAAUGAUGAAAGGUGGAAAAGGGAAAGGUUUUGGGGCCAUUGAAAGAGGCUGUCCACAGAUAUACAAUAAACGGAGUGAUUUAUCCAUUGCGAAACUUGGCUCCAAAUACAAGAGUAUCAGUAAUACAAGGAAUCAAAGUGAAGGAGCCUUGUCUUCCCCAUCUUAA